AUGUCGUACCUCGUUCUUCUUCAAGCAAAGAAUAUUUUCCUAACCCCGUACUCCAUUUUUUCCACUUUGAAGUUAAUAAAAUUGUAUAACCCUUUGGUAAUACUUCUUUUCAAAUUUGUCCUUCUGGUCUAUUCGAGAAAGUACAACAAAAAAAUAAUCAAGCUGACCUUUUCUCUUAUGUACGUUUGCGCGUACAUGAGUAUGUAUGUCUUUGUUCGGCCUGACUUAUCCAAACUUCGAACGCUUAAUGGGUACAUAACGAAAUACAUACACAUUAGGUAA